GUUGACCGUCUGGUGUUAACCUCGCGAAAGUUGGCGAAUUCGGUGAAACCAAUCCCAUUGGCUGUUGUUGGUGGCGUGAGACAGAAACGACGGUGAAACUAUGAAGGCCUUGGUGUUGGCCGUUGCCCUGGUGGCGGCCGCUGGCUGGACUUCCGGGAGCGUCACUAAAAGUGUCUUCGUGGGGACCCCGACCGAAGAGUACGUUUACCAGUACGUCCUGGAUGUGACGACCGGAGUGGUGGAGCCGGAGUAUGGCUCGCUGUACCGUAUGAAGUCGGACCUGCACGUUCGACCAGAUCCGUCGGGUAAUGGCACGUUUGUGUACUUCACCGAGCCCAAGGUGUUCCUGUACACCGGACAUCUGCCGCUGCCGGUGGAGCCCACGGCACAAAACUACACCCAGUACGCCAAGCAAGCGGAAGCGAUCGUGCAACCGUUCUACGUUACGUACGACCAGUUCGGCCUGGUGAAGGAAGUGUUCACCUCGAAGGCGGACAUUCUGUGGAGCGUUAACAUCAAGAAGGGCGUCGCCAGUCUGCUCCAGCUGCCGACCGACAAGAUGCCGACGAAGAAGUUCGCCAAACCGAUCGUCUUCACCGAGCCCGAAGAGACCAUCUACGGAAAGGUGAACGUCACCUACGUGAUGCAUUCGGUCAACGAGAAGGUGCACAUCGUCAAGACCCCGGACUAUGACACGUUCACGGAAGUCACUCCCGACGUGUACUCCAACGUGGAGGCUUACGAGGAGCACCACAAUUGGACCACGUGGGAUAUGAUGCGCCCGGUCGUUGAGUACGAGCUGACGUUCGCUAAGGAUGGUGUCCACGUCUACAAAGUGCACUCCGAGAGUACCAAGUACGUCCAACCGUUCGUCGCCUCGGGACAGAAGCAGUACGUCGCUACCAAGCAGACCCUGGUCUACUUGCAAGUAGUCGCCCCAACCAAGACACUGGAGUUUGCCAAUUUCCCAAUGUACCACCUCGUCCACUACGAAACCCCCGAGUCUAUGUUCGAAGAGCACUAUCCGACGCUGUCGACCGUUACUCCCGUCGUUGAAAUCUCCUCCGUUGGCCCGAAGGUCCAGGUGAUGCUGUACGAAGCUGUCCAGUAUCUGCAGGAAAAUCAAAUCACCAACCAGGAGACCGAUACUAAGCACGGACUGAUCGUGACGCGCAUUAUCGACGCACUGAAACCGUUCACCGUGGAGAACUACGGCCAGCUCUGGACGAUGCUCACCAAGACUAGCACCCCGAAGGAUCUGAUGGCACUGGACUUUUUCUACAAGGUGCUGCCUUCCGUCGGCACAAAGUACUCGGUACAGUUCGUGGUGCAGUUGGUGAAGAACCACAGCGUUAAGGACUCGGUGGCUACCGGCAUGCUGUUCUCGCUCGGUCUUAACGUGCGCGCCCCGUCCGAGGAGCUGCUUCACAGCGUGGAACAACUGAUGAGCCUCGAAACGCUCGUCAAGCCGGACGUAGCCCAUGCCGCAAUCCUCACCUUCGGUACGAUGGUUUACAAGACCUUCCAGCACGACGAGCACCCGACGGAGGCGGAAAAGUACAUCAAGGUGUACUACAAACAUCUGAAGGAAGCGAAGACGUUCGAGGAGCAGCUGGUAUGGCUGCACGGUCUGCAGAACAUCCAGGAGGGAUCGGUCGUGGAGCUGCUGGUGCCCCUGGCGAAGGGUGAGCAGGUGCUGGACCUGCACUACGACCGGCAUCUGCAGGUGCACGUCAUCUAUUCGCUGAUGUCCCUGAUGGAUGACCACGAUGAACUGUUCGAAACGGUGUUCCCGAUCGUGCUGGACGAUACGCUGCCCGUGGAUGUGCGUGUGGCCGCUGUGAAAGUCAUCGCCUCAAUGGAGGACAUUCACUACUUCACCAAGCUCGAGACGAUCAUGAAGACGGAGAAGAAUGUCCACGUGUACUCGUACUUUGUCAGCACCGUGAAGGCCCUCAUGAAUUCCGACAUGAACUACGGUACCGAGUUCUACCACUAUCUGGAGCAGGUCCUUGAGCACUUCGUUCACUACGACCCGGAGGUGGAAACGAAGGCGUUCUACUACGACGAUCUGGAUGGUGAGCGCAAAAUAGGCACCAUCCUGCACGGAAACAUGAUUGCCGAUGCGAAGCACAACAAGGUCAACUCGUUCUACAUCAGCUUCUCGCCGUACGUGAUGGAUGAGGUCUACGAUCUGUACUCGGUGUACGUUAAGUUCGAAGGAGUCCACAACCCUCUGUCGCUGCUGUGGCCCAAGCUGUUCAACGUGGAUCCCAAGACGGUGAAUGAGCCACUUACGAAGAACUAUGAAAAUGAGCCGGUGCACGUCGAGUUUACGUUCAUGGCCAACGGGAAGGCGGUGUACACGAAGUACUUUAACGAGGAAACCAUCAAACAGUUCUACACCUACACCUAUCUGACCGUGCUGAAGACGCUGCAGUAUCAGUUCACCAGCGUGCUGAAUUUGGCGGACACGGAGGUGUACACGCCGACGUUCGACGGGGUGCCAACGAAGAUUGACCUGAAGCUGCCCCUGGUGUCGCAGUUCAAGUACAACGUGGUCGUCCCGUCGACUACCAACCCGAACGAGGUUACGCUGACCGUCAACAGUUUCUUCCGCCUCUGGAUGCACGGUUACUAUGGCGUGUCGGUGUACAAUCCGUUCGCCCUCACCUGGCAGGGAACUCGUCGGGUGCAGGCAUUCGACUUCAGCGUUCCGCUGGUGUUCGACGUCAUCUACAACUUCCAGCAAAACUCGUUCAAGCUCGUCUGGACCAAGAGCGCCAACGAGGUGCUCAACGUGGUCGGCUUCAAGGCGCACGUCAAAACGCAGGUCUACGCGAAGCCGGACUCGGAGGUGGAUUACCUUAAGGCCACCUGCCAACUGUGCCAGCAGUAUGCGACGGUCGUGGCGCACCCGAUGCCCAAGAAGAAGGAUGUGGUCCUGUAUGAGGCACACUCCAAGUACACCGGACUGCACUUCCUUCUGUCCUUCUACGAUAUCGAGGUACCGCCGAUGGUCAAGCACUACAAAUCGCUAACGGACAUUCUCGCUUCCGAGCUGUUCAUACCGAACGGCCACAAGUACGGUACCGUGUUCGAUUACGUCACCAAAUACAUCACCUGCUUCUACACCACCUUCAUGCUGCCCAAGGCAACGAGCUACGGUGUCGCCGGCUACAUGAACCCCUGCAAGGUGUAUCCCUUCGAUAAGGUGGAGUUCACGUUCAAGGUCGACAGCGAGUCGAUGCCGCACAAGCUCUGGACCACACCGGACCAACGGCAGUACGUGAAGAUGACGGCGGUGUUUAAGAAAACGGACGUCAUUGUGAACCAUUGGGAUGUCAACGUGUCCUACACGCACGAGCACGGCACGUACUUUAAGACAAUCAACGUGCAGGUGACGCGCCAAACGCCCGACGAGAAGAACAUGAACAUCUGCAUCGACUGGGUGAAGGAUAUCGAGCCCGAGUCGGUCACCGGCAAACUCAAGUACUUCCACGGCUACUCCCACGACCACAAGUGUGUCAAGGACGAUAUGGUGGUGUCGAUCGAGUGGACUGGAGUGCACUCGGACGAUCAGAAGAACUUCACGUACACGCCGUCGUACCACACGCUUCCCUCGUACUACUACCCGGAGUGCGCACCCCGAGUGCUGCCGAUCUUUGAGGAGUACUCCGUGCCGGUUCCAUUCGAGUGUGCCGAGCAGUACACGACCGUCCGCAAGUACACCUACACUGUGGACUACCAGCAUGUGUACCCAUCGUACGUUGACUUUGUUAAACCCUUCUGGUUCUGGGUGAAGCGCGUUUUGCCGUCCUACUACCACGAGGUGGACAAGUUCCACUUCGUCCCGGAAAGUCGUAUCGUCGUUGACGUGGAGUACCCCGUGCACUCCCAUGGUCUGGUCGUCGAUGUUGUCGUCAAGUCGGCCUACGAAACGGUCGCGUUCGAUCACAUUCCGUACUUCGACUACAUCUGGGCAUUCCAUCCGGACAACACACUGUUCACCAAGUACUUCCAGGUGAUGAAAUCUUUCGGCUACGUGGAAAGCUGCGUGGUGAACCCUGUGUAUGAGUACGCCCCGUACCACUACGAAGUGGCCAAAGCACCGGUGUUCAACGAGUGGAUCCUCUACGCUUCCGAUCAUCCUGUAACCUACAGCUGGGCCGUGUACGUGCAAAAAUUGGAUAAAAACUUUGUGGCAUUCAAACUUGUUCUGAACGGCCACAGCGUAGUGGUGCAACCGCGGGUCGGAAAGCAGUAUGAGGGUACCACUCAUAAGUACACCUUCACCGUGGACAGUGAGCUGAUGCACGCAAUGGAGCAUGGAUCAACCGAGGACUAUCCGUUCAAGUACUUCUACGUCUACGACACGGUGGUCUUUGUCGUUCCGCACAUUUCACUGUACGUAUUGUACGAUGCACACCAGGUGAUGAUUGAAACGGUUAAGGCUCCCAACGUCGUUCACUAUGGACAGUGUUAUGUCUGAAGCGGAUGAACAAAUACCAGGCAUUGUCGGAAUGUAAUUAAGAACCAAUAAAGAUGCGUUGCAUUGUAAUGUAACUGU